AUGAACAAGGACGUCAAAGCUUGGGCACGGUCGUGUCUGAGCUGCCAGCGCAACAAGGUGCAGCGUCACAACAAGUCCCCACCAGGCACUUUCCUCAGUCCCGACGCACGGUUCAGCCAUGUGCAUCUGGAUGUCUUAGGCCCCUUGCCUCUAUCCAAUGGUUUCACCUACUUCCUUACCUGUGUCGAUCGAUAUACUCGCUGGGCUGAAGCUAUUCCUUUGCCGAGUGUUCAGGCUGAAACCAUCGCGAAGGCCUUCGUCAGUCGUUGGGUCGCCAUGUUCGGUACCCCAUCCACGGUUACGACUGAUCGUGGUGCCCAGUUUGAGUCGGCACUCUUCCAAACGCUACUUAAUUUCCCUGGCUGCACAUGCAUUCGGACGACAGCCUACCAGCCCGCUGCUAACGGUAUGGUGGAACUUUUCCAUCGUCAGCUAAAGACCGCCCUGCGUGCAGUAGAAAACCCAGGAAACUGGUCGGACAACCUUCAUCUUGCACUCCUCGGCAUCCGCGCAGCUCUGAAGUCGGAUCUGGGCUGUAGCGCAGCUGAAUUGGUUUUCGGCACUACUCUCCAACUACCAGGCAAGAUGAUCACCCCAACCUCUCGUGGAGGCGACGAGACUCCUGACAAUCUUGUGCACCGUUUGCGGCAAUUAAUGCGCUCGCUUUUCCCCGGUUCCACCUCAAGCUCCAAUGAAUGA